GGAUGUAGCAGGUUGUCUCGAGCCUGGCCGCUGCUGCCGCUGCUGUGUGGAUGAUUAAAAUGUCUAGCAUAAGUUUUGACAAACCAAGUGUUUCAAAGACCUGGAUCGCUCUGAAACGGCUGGACAAAAACGAUGACAGAGUGGUGGCUCUUCGAGAAGUGUCUAUUCCUCCAGCAGCUGAGGUCACCACGAUCAUACAGAUCAUCACCUCUACCUUUGGGCUGAACUCUUCUGGUGUCAUAUUCAAGGUUCAAGGACUCCUUUGGCCUCAUAUAAGAAACCACCGUGGAUGUCUGAUCCCUCUGAACAGCUUGAUCCCUGCUAACAGCAAGCACAUGCCAUAUGUGCUUGAGGUAGCCAAGAUCUUUCAGCAUGUGCGUCCCAAACCCAGAACCAUUCCCAUGAUCAACAAGAGCAUGAAGACCAAGCCACAGGCUAUUGACAGGAGGAUUGAGAGACUGGAGGAGCUCCUGCCUCAGAUCAAACUCAGGCGCGACAAAAAACUAAGCGAGGAGAUUGAAUGUCUCAACCAGAAGCUGAGGUUUCUUCAUAACAGAAUGCAGGUGGCAGAUUCUCGCAGCUGGAAGGGAGUGCUGACCAGAGCCCCUCUGUGGUCCAGCAGGUUGAAGCAAGUGUGGGCCACAGGUAAGUAAUGCUCCCCUCCACCGGUGGGCUGGAUCACCAGCUUCAGGCUUUUCAUGCCCAAGAUGGGUAUGCGGUCGCUUCCUGUGAGGAACACUGUAGAGACAAGAGAUAUUGUUUCACUUUCCCAGCUGGACAUAAAACGAAGAUCAUGGAACACUUCCCAGAAGAGCCUGAUGGUGGGAUGGUCCGUCCAGUAAUCCCCUUUGUAUUCAGUACUCUGAAGCGUGGAUACAAAAGUUAUUUUUGUUGUUUCUUUUACUGUUAUUAUAAAGGUAAGAAUGGAUAUGUUGUAUCUAGUUAUAAAUAUAAAAUUUUGUCAUCAUG